AAAAAGUAGUUAUUUUAGUAGUUUAAUUUUCACAUUAACUAUACAGUACCAGUUUUUUUAUUUAAUGUAUUUUCUACUUUGUAGAUUAAUAUUAAAGAUUAAUACAUAAGAAAUUACAAAAAAAGUUUUUGUUCUCCACCAUUUUCUGACAUAAACACAAUUAAGAUGAUGAUUUGGGAUGAGCUGGAGCACAGUGUGAAGGAAAAGCAGCAACUAUUGUUCAGCACUUCCAGGAACUCCUUCAAGACGCUGAAAACAUUAUUCCAGAUGACUCUACUUCAUGAAGCCAUUGAGAAAAUAUCAAGAAAUAUCAAAUCUGUCAUCAAAGCUUAUUGCUACUAAGAAGAAGCUAAAUGAUAAAACAUCUUUUGGUUUGUAUAACACUUUUUGUUAACAAAAUAAUUCCACGUGUUACUGUAUAGCUUUAAUGUCUUCCAUAGUAAAAUUGUUAAAACAAAAUUCAUAAAAAGAAAGAAAACUGUAUAUGGAGUUUGACCAGGGUUGCACACCAUUGUGCGCAUUGCUGUAGAACAAAUGUGAAGUAUUUACUCCGCAGCGUAAAGAGAAGAAUGUGUUUAGGAUGAUGGAGAACACGCUGUUUACAGUACAUUAUCCUGCAUUAGGCUGUGGUGAGUCAGCUGGGUCGUGUGCAGGUGAAUAUGAAGUCAGGAUCAUCACUAAUUUACUUUCAGACUCCGUCUGCUGACGUAGAGCCGUGAAGAGCCGCAUAAAGGCAGCGGAGCAGAGGAGCUGCUCACACUCUUCCACCCAGGGCACAGGCUCUCGCUCUCUCUCUCUCUCUCACACACACACACACACACCGAGCUAUUCUCCAAACAAGCAGCUAAAAACACUCAGGAUGCAGAAGUGUGUUGGUGUAGUCUGUGUGUCCCUCAUUCUGUGUGCUGUCCUCUCAGAGACUCUGGGCAUGGUGAUCGCGGCAAAAGAAAAGCGCGGCUGGACGCUGAACAGUGCUGGAUACCUGCUGGGCCCGCGUCGUAUUGAUCAUCUUAUACAGAUAAAGGAUGCUCCCAGUGCAAGGGGGAGAGAAGAGCUGCUUGGUGAAUAUGCCAUUGACAGUCACCGGCCGCUCAGCGACAAACAUGGCCUAGCAGGAAAAAGGGACAUGGAGGACGACUUCAAAUCAGGAGCUCUGAGGAUAACAGACGAAGACACCAUCCACACCAUUAUAGACUUCCUAACAUACCUUAGGUUGAAAGAAGUGGGAGCCCUGGAUAAUCUGCCUUCUUCCCUCACAUCAGAGGAGCUGAGUCAGCCUUAACUCAAAACCUCACAUUUCUCUGACCUCUGCCGUCCGAACACUAUAAUCUUCUGAAUGAAUGCCACUUUGUCCUUAGUCUUUCACUGUAUCUUUUGCUUCUCUUUCAAGACAAAAGCUGAACGGUAACUUGAAUGGUUGAUUGAAGAACGUGUCACAAAUAAAAGUUGUAAAUGGC